GCCUGGGCUUCUCGGGAGUCCGCGCCCUCAGGCCUGCGACCCCCGCGGGGUGACAACUCGGCCCUUCUGGGCCGCUCGGCCGGGCUUUGUUGUCCCUCGUGUGGUGUGCGUGGCUGCUCCACGCGGGACGCGGGGAGGGAAGGUCGCUGCGAUGUCGACCGCAGCCGCUGCUCCAGAGACGCUGCCGAGGACUUGGUCGGCGUCUGAGACCCCGGAGGAGGCGGCAGCUCUUAGAAGGCAGUCGCAUGGCUGCCAGGGGCCUCCUGGGUCCCAUCGGAACCCAGCCACCUUCGAGAUGCGGGGCUCAGGGAAACUAGGGGGUUGCAGCUUUGCGGUGGUGGUGGUAGGGGCUGUUAGAAUCAGACAACCAUUUCAUGCCUGUAUCACCCAGAAGUUGUGUAGGAACCACUAAAUUAGAAUAAAUCUUCCCCUAACGUGGAGUAGAAAAAGAAGGGUUGGCUAUCACAAGUUAUCUAAUGAUGACAGUCCUAAGGGCACUUUAAUCUUAACUGAAUCAUGAAUCCCUUUGAAAAGCUGAAAGAUACAUAGAUAUUUUUCUUCUCCCCUAAGAGAAACGGGCUACUUAUCCUUACGCAGAAUUUCUCCUAAAAAUUUAGGGAUUUUUGGGGACCCACGGGUGGUAACCCUGUUCUACAAAGUGUUUGAACUUGACUUGUGUGACUUAGAGGCAAUCAUGUACAUUUUGCGAAACUGUUUGAAAAGAAGCAUUUUGAAGGAGUCCUUUUGUGACAUUCUCUGCCUUUUCGAAGUACCAGGCAGGCACAUUGCUACUGAAAUUUUAAACAGUGCAAUUCUGCGAGUUUAAAUUCUAAACUAUCAGUGGUUCUCAACCUUUUAAUGCUGCGAACUUUAGUACAGGUCAUCAUGUGGUGAUGUCCCCAAACCAUAAAAUUAUUUUCAUCGCCACUUCAGAACUGUAAUGGACCCCGAAGGUCGUGACCCAGAGGUUGAGAACCAUUGGUUUAGAAAUGUGUGACGUCUAUGUCUGUAUAUAUGUGUGUACGUGUGUGUACGUGUGUGUGUGUGUGUGUGUGUGUGUGUGUGUGUGUGUGUAUGGUUUGAAAUUAUUUUCUUAUACUUUAUUCUCUUAUAUACCCUGCCGUAAUAGUUUUAGAAGUAAUAGAGAUUAGAAUAGCCAUGAAUUUAGUAAAAAUAUAUGCAGGGAAUUACUUUCUAAACUAUUUACUGGCUGCCUUCAAGAGUAGACAGAGAGACAUUUACUCAGAGAGAUGCUUACUCAGAUGUUGCAGGGCUUGGCGUGGAAGUCGCUUUAGUGAGGAAGAAGAUACUCAGUAUCCCUGGGGACCAGAAAGAGUUUCCUUCUAUCCAUAUGUGUCAAACCCAUCUGUGAUGUCUUUGUAACCUAACCCCUAAAAUCUUACUGGCGGUAAUGGCCUGUGAUGGCAGUACCAUCUGAGAAGCAUUGUAUCCAUUUUUCCAUUGUUUUCUAAGAGAGCAUUUUAGAGUUAGAAGUUAAAUAAUUGAAAGGCAGUUUCUAGACAUUUACUAUCCCUAGAAUACAGAGGAAGAAAGUACUUUAAAAUAAUAUUCAGAUUUAAGGGAUGUGGACAAGAGAAAUCUUUAUAAAACUAUGUGUUCUAAGAGUUGACAGCAGUUAAGUCAUAAUUCACAGUACUUCUUUCCAGUGAAAGUGAAAAAUUUUAUCUGUAUACUGAGUGUGGAUUAUUUUUAUAGUAAUGGUGAUAUAAUUAUUUUUCUCCUUGAGCCAAUAUAAAUGCUAAAAUUAUUUAAAAUUAAUUUUAUAAGUUAUUUAGGUAACCAAGUGUCGCAUAUCUAGCAAAUGAUCUGAUAGUCAAGAUAACUUAUAGGUUGGUUCAUUUGGAAAGCUUUUUCUUACAAAUCUGAAGAAAGUCUGUGUCUUGGAAACACUGUAUAACAAAUAUACCCUUUGGUUAAUUAAGCAAUUUUAGGGUCUAUAUGAAGAUAACAAAGAAAAACCAGUCUUCCUCCCCACUCCCUUUUCUGAGUACCUUAGCCCAGGCUGGCCUUUAACACAAAAUUGCAAUGUAGCCAAGACUGGCCUUGAGCUACUGAUCCUGCCAAAACCUCUUAAAAUGCUGGAGCAAUCACAGACCUGUGACAUCUGCCAACCCAGCCUCCUGAUGGAGUUUAUUAGCAGUCUGUUUGGUUCUGAGAUGGUAAAUAAUUCUCUGAUAUUAAAAAGAGUCUGCCUUUGUAUGCAAGAAGUUAAUUAAUUCUGGGUGUUCUGAAACUGGUUUAUGCAAAUAUGUAAUUGACUAAUGGGAAAAGCAAAAGUAAUAAGAGUGUUGGCUUUCUGCAGUGGAAAGGAAGUUGCUGCCGCAGGGACAUUUAAGGAUGUAACAAAUGGGAACACUAUGGAUUCUUUAGAAACUACUAAGAAGUGUCUCCUCUCUCCCUCUCUCUCUCUCUCCUUCUCUCUCUCUCUCUCUCUCUCCCUCUCUCCCUCUCUCUCUCUCUCUCCCUCUCUCUCCCUCUCUCCCUCUCUCUCUCUCUCUCUCUCUCUUUUGAAUUUAGUUGUGUUUUUUCUUUAUCCAGUUUUUCAGGUUUAUGGCUAACCUUGUUCUGAGUAAAUGAAAAAAAAAAAAACCAAACUAAAAUGAGUGUUUUCUUACAUUUCCAUGCAAGGUCACAUAAAGUCCUCCCCCACACUUAAAAUAUAGCUAGAUGGCUACUUUAAAAUUGAGUAAGUGCUGUUUCUUUUGACUUUACACAUUAUCUAAAGAAUAUCUUAUAAAAAUUAAUUUUGAAUAAUUUUGACUUGAAUGAAUGUAUUUGAAAUCACUCUUUGUCAGAGUGUAAACUAGUAUCAGAGUUGAUUGAAAGAUGGAUAUAUUUUCCUUAGGCUUUUGAAAUCUAGGAUUAGACAGUGAUAUUUUGAGUGCCUCUACUUACAAUAAAUAUGCUCCUUAAAAUAGAACACACACAUACACACACAGUUUUCUUUUGUUUGAGACAGGGUCUAAAUAUGUAACCCCUUGGUCUCAAACUUAAACUAAUCCUCCUGUGUCAGGCUUUUAAAUGCCAAGAUUACAGGUAUGAGUCACCAUUCCAAGUUUUGCAAGACACAUUCAAAACUUAAUAUAUUCCAACCCUUAAAAUAUUUUGGGGUAGAAUAUUAUACUUUUAAACCAUGCUAAAAAUGUGACUUGCACAGUGCUACUUGUUCAUUGCCUUGAGCUGUGGAUUUGCAUCUUCAGAGUUGAUGCAUCCCUUACACGCUGCCCAGUGAUGUCAUAAUGGUAGUGGUCAUAGAUUACAACAAGGGAUGCUUUCUGCUAUGGUUUGGAGUUAGAUGCACCUCAGAGCACUCUGGUAACAAUGAGAGGCUCGGACUAUUCAUCAGCAUGGUUACCUGGUAAUGAAUCAUUAUGGCAGGCCACAGCUGUUCCAUCUAACCCCCGAAAUAACCAUAUCCGGAGACACAGCAUAACGUCUGACAGUGGAGACACUGGCAUUGGCACUUCCUGUUCUGACAGCGUGGAAGACCACUCAACUUCCAGUGGCACGCCAUCUUUGAAGCCUAGUGGAUCGCUGCUUACCCCUCCCACUGCCCAUGUGAUGCCAUGUAACUCCAGUGCUUCAGUUUCCAAACACAGGGGAGAUCUACCGUCAGACGGCUCUAAAUGGAGUACUAAUCUCAUGCAGACACUGGGAGAGCACGGCACAGGGGAGCGGGACUCCUCCCUACACAUGAAGGACUUCAGGCCCCUGAGGAAGUGGUCAUCUCUGUCCAAGCUUACUGCCCUGGAGAACCGCAACCAGAGUGCCAUUGCAUACACGCAAGAGUUGAGGAAUGUCUUGGAGAAGACAGGGAAGGGCAAGGCUUUCACGUCCCACUUACGGACCUUUGGGCCUAGCUGCUUCCAUGACACUAUGGAGAUGCUUAAACUGGAAGACAAGCAAGUGAACACGAAACGGCCAUCAACUCCGCACUGCAAGGAUAAAUUUGAGAGCUGCAACAAAGAGGAUGUCAGAGUCUCUUCCUCUGCUCUCAGGAGACAGACUUUAGACAUGACAUACAGUGCCUUACCUGAGAGCAAGCCCAUUGUGACAGGCUCAGAGGCUUGUGAGUCUCCAAAGUAUUUAAUGCUGGGCCAGCAGGCAGUAGGUGGAGUUCCCAUUCAACCUUCUGUGAGGACUCAGAUGUGGCUUACAGAGCAGUUACGGACAAACCCAUUGGAAGGCAGAACCACAGAGGAUUCUUACAGUUUAGCUCCUUGGCAACAGCCACAAACUGAAGAGUUUCAGCAAGGAAGUGAGACACCAAUGCAGGUUUUGACUGGAUCAUCUCGUCAGACUUAUUCACCUCCUGGUUUCCAGGAUUUCAGUAAAUGGGAAUCAGUGCUGAAAAUAAAAGAAGGACUUCUGAGGCAGAAGGAAAUUGUAAUUGAUAGGCAGAAGCAACAAAUUAACCACCUACAUGAAAGGAUAAGGGAUAAUGAACUACGGGCGCAGCAUGCUAUGCUAGGACAUUAUGUCAAUUGUGAAGACUCCUACAUGAGUAGUUUACAGCCUCAAUACGAGAGCAGUUCAGGCCAGACUCCAUUUACAGAGCAGCCACUGUCCCAUCCCCACCAGGAAGAACUUGAGCAAAAGCUAGCAUCUACCGAGAAAGAAGUUUUGCAGCUCAAUGAGUUUCUCAAACAAAGAAUAAGCCAAUUCAGUGAAGAGAAGAAGAAAUUAGAGGAAAAGCUGAAAACCAGAGACAGAUACAUCAGCAGCCUGAAAAAGAAAUGCCAGAAGGAGUCUGAGCAAAACAAAGAGAAGCAGAGACGGAUCGAGACCUUGGAAAAGUACCUGGCCGAUCUUCCAACUCUAGAUGACGUCCAGAGUCAGAGUCUGCAGCUUCAAGUUCUUGAAGAAAAAAACAAGAAUUUGCAAGAAACUUUGAUAGACACAGAGAAGAAGCUUGAGGAGAUCAAGAAGCAAUGUCAAGACAAAGAAGUGCAGCUGCUGUGCCAGAAGAAGAAGGAGAAGGAGCUGGUAACGUCCGUUCAGAGCUUACAACAAAAAGUAGAAAAAUGCCUUGAAGAUGGAAUCCGCCUUCCCAUGUUAGAUGCCAAACAGCUUCAGAGUGAAAACGAUAGUCUCAGAGAGCAGAAUGCGACAGCCAGUAAGAUAAUAGAGAGCCAGCAGGAUGAAAUUAACAGAAUGAUUUUAGAAAUUCAGUCUAUGCAAGGAAAACUUUGUAAAGAGAAAUUGAGUGCACGGAGCACUGUGGAAGAGCUAGGAAGGAAAGAAGAGAGCCUCCAGAGGUUGACAGAAGCACUGCUUGAAGUGAGUAGCAGCUCCAAGUACCCACAGCGCGAGUCUCCGCCUCUUAAAGUCAAUGCUUGCUUUGUACAUGAGAACCAAAGACACAUGGGAGAGACAUACUCUUUACUGGAUCAGGGCCAUGAAGCAGAGCAGUCUAGGCCACAGACCGUUCCUAAGUGGCCUCUCUUUGAUUUGACUGUGAUUGAUCAGCUGUUCAAGGAAAUGUCCUAUUGUUUGUUUGACUUGAAAGCAUUGUGUAGUAUUCUUAAUCAACGCGCUCAGGGCAAGGAGCCGAACCUCUCCUUGUUACUGGGAAUCCGAUCAAUGAACUGUUCAGCUGAAGAGACUGAAAAUGACCACAGCCCAGAAACGCUCACUAAAAAGCUCUCGGAUGUGUGCCAGUUACGGAGGGACAUUGAUGAAUUGAGGACUACAAUAUCAGACCGCUAUGCUCAGGACAUGGGAGACAACUGUGUUACCCAGUGAUCCAGUGUUGGUCCACAGCAACAAUGAUCCAUUGUGAAACGCUGCUGUGUUGGACUCCUUUGUUUCUCUCUAGGAUGCACAAGGGGAGAGACGCUCCUUGCCAUGCACUUCAGCUUUCUUGUUGAGACAUAAUGCGUUCCGAAGACAGUUUUAAAGGGACUGAUCAAAUCAGGCAAACAAAUCCCGUUACUAAAGUCUAUAAGAAAAAGAGCAAAAUAACCUGUAUUUUCAAACUACUGAUGGUAGGACCAAGCUGUGAACAAGGCCCUUCAGAUAAAGGUGUAGGACUUCCCUUAACCCUGUAAUUUCAUGUACAUACAUGUGAGUGCUCAUUCAUUCUCUCACUUGCUCACCGUCUGUCUGUCUGUCUGUCUGUCUGUCUGUCUGUCUGUCCGUCCGUCCGUCCGUCCGUCCGUCCCUCUGUGUGUGCAUGCCUGUGCAUUGCAAUUGCACAUGCAUGGACUUUAUCCACAUAACAAUAGGAUUUCAAAGCAAAGCUUCGAAAGGCACACACUAGUUUUUAUUUUUUGUAGAAGCAUGUAUUACAUUUUGGAAUUUUUAUUGGCAGACCCACUAGAUCCAGUACCAAGGUGGUACUAUAAUGUACAAGGGCAGCAAGCACAGUCAUUUGUGCUUCAGAAAGUGACCGUGCUGAGAUGGGUGAUGGAGAAGUUGGCUUGGUGUUGGCAAUGAAGACAGACCAGCUAUUUUUUUUUCCCAGAGUGGUUAUACCUUGUCUUAGCAGUGUGAAACUUUAAUGUGAUGAUGUUUUCAUUGGCAUUGUAAUUUGUAUAUAAGAAAGCCUAAGUAAUUACAAUUAAUUUUAUCCCUUCCCUUACUAUUUGCAAUUUUUAUUUAUGAUAUAUAUGUAAGUACAGCCAUAUAUAGUUAGUUGAAGGCCAGUGGGCUUCUCAUGACUAUUAUCAAAAGAGAGAUCCCAGCUUAACUUGGGCACAGUUGCCUUUCAUCCACAUUUCAGCAUUUAUGUUUGAACAGUGUCAUGCUUGAAUUAGAGUUCAACUACUUCAAGAAAAAGCAUAUGACAAAACGUAAAUCUCAAUAUAUUUUCAUUUCUUUGUUAUAUUUUUUACAUUGCAAUCAGUUUGUCGUGGAUAUGGAAUUGCUAAGGUCAGUUCAUGUGGAGCACAGGGUACUACUAUAAAGCUCAGCUCACUGGAGCAGACACAGUCACCUAAACUUCAAAUAACUAUUGUCUCAUAUCAUUUUGUUUGUUUAGAAAGAUUAUGUAUUUUACUGCAGUCAGAAUUCAUUACAAUCUUUUCAAUACAGGCAAAGCAUCAUUUUUUAUAAAUUGGUUUAGCUCUGUCUUUCUCUCCCUCCCUCCCUUCUUCCUUCCUUUCUUAUUUUUUUUAAUGCAACACAAUUUUCUUAGGCAGGACGAGCGGUGAGAAAAUAAAGGCUGUGGAACCUGCAGGAUUCUUCCGCCAACUGAGAGUGAACACAUACUGGUUUUCUUGCUAAACUUCUUCAGAUUUUUCUUAAUCUCAAUAGGAAAACCGAGUGGGACAGACCUUUGAGGAGAAUACUCAGGAAGACACUCAGUUCAGAGUGGGUCUGUAUUCUGCUGUCUGUAGUCACGUGAUAAGAUCCUUACACUGCAUCAUGACAGAUUUUUCUUUCACUUAGUGUUAAAUCCACCCUACUCCUCUUGAGAUCUGACUACUAAUAAAUCAGUGUGUCGGGGAGAUUAUGCACUCCAGCUCCCUAACCCAGGUAGCAGCUAACUACUUGAGAAUUUGGUUCUUUAAUGUUGUGCUCAUUGGGUUUUAAGACUAGCACUUCGAUGACAAUCAAGAAAUUGAUGGUUGCAAAAAUAUAUGCCUUGCAAGAGUAUGUCUGCAUAGAUAGGCCCAAGCUGUAAGGUCGAUACUGGUAUCGACGUGGCUCAGCCGCAGCUGACGUCUUUACUGUCUCUUCGAGAGAGUCGUCCUCUUCCUGGGCUGAUUUCACACAAGAGAUGACUGAGACUGUAGCACUAAUAAGCAGCCAUUGCUGGUGUCUGUUAGCAGCUUCUGUUUCUCCAAAGUCCUAGCCUUUUAAUUUAUGUUUUGAGGUUUUUUUUUUUUUUUUGGUUCUUUUUUUUUUCCGGAGCUGGGGACUGAACCCAGGGCCUUGUGCUUCCUAGGCAAGCGCUCUACCACUGAGCUAAAUCCCCAACCCAUGUUUUGAGGUUUUAUACUGACUUUUUAAAACAAAUUUAUAGUCAUAUGGUUAUUAUACAUACAUGUGUGUAUAUAUAUGAGUGUGUAUGUAGACUGAGACACACACACCCCUUUUUUUCUGACCACUUGCAAUAAAUAAAACAAUUUUAGUUUUGUCUAGUUUUCUAAAACCUAAAGAAUUUAAUUCACAUUAUCUUAGAGUAAAAUAUUUAACCCAAGAAAUUAACAAAAUAUUACUGAUACAUAUCAAUUUCUAGGUUGUAUACUACCAUUUAAAAGGCUGUCAGAUAGUCUUGAUAUAAUGGAUUACAAAUACUAAUCUCUUAUUAGAGUUUAGAAUUAAUGAAGGGCUCUGAUACAUAUUCAGCUUUGGAGGAAAUUUUGAAGAAACCAGAACUGGUUGUGUUUUAGUCAGGGUUUUAUUUUUCAAAAAUAUCUAUAAGAUACACCUUUUUAGAACAGUAGUAAUAUCAUAUCAUAUUGAAAGCAAACAUUUAUCAUCAGGUCAAGGAAGAGCAUGGCAGUUGCACAGUGAACAUUUUGGAGUAGGGCGUAUGUACUACAAUGACAUAUGCCUAAAAUAAAAAGGAACUUAAAUUAAGUUUUACAGUAAAUCUAUCUGUAACUUUCCAUACUGACGAACUUUUGUUUUAAUUACGCUUUCGUGGAUCAAGCCUUUAACCUCCUAGGAAGUGUUACACAGUGUUUUAUUUUCAGUCUAUUCAAGCUGAGCCAUUGUAACCCAGCCACAUAGAACAGAGGUAGAUUAAUAAAUGCCACGGGGAAGCCAUGGUUACCUGUGCAGGUAAAAUGAGCUGAGUCAAGGGCACAAUAAUGCCCUGUCUUUGUGUUUGACACCAGACUUAAAAUACUAAAUCUUGAUUAGGCAAAACAUAGGAAUUUUAUUUUUAAGGGAACAGUCCCUUUUAAUAUUUGGAAUAAGAUUCAUUGUUUAAUGUUAACAUUAUUAUAUCUUAGUAAUUUUGAGGUCAUAAUUUAGAAGAACUGAAUUUAACUUUCAGUAGCUUGUUAGAAAAAUCCAAGAGCUAGAACGUAUUGCUAAAGGGAACAUUGGACAGUUCUACUUUGGAAGCUUGUGUCCUGUCCUGUUCUUGUGUCAGACUCAGUGGGAAUAUCUGCAAGGAGAUUUGUAAAGGGCGUCCAUUGAAGGCUACCCUUUAACUAUCAGUCGUAGUUCAUGAGCUGCAGGAGCCAAGCACGGCACCUCUGAACUCAGGCGUGCCCUGACUCUGCUCGCUCAAGUUCCUAUCUAGAGUUCUGUCACGGCAUGUAUAGUUACAGUGACAGGGUGUUCUCUGAAUGAGCACAUUAGCUCAUAGCGGAUGACAUUUGGAACCACCUUGCACCCCUUUUGUUUCUAUUUCUGACAGUGGUCAUAAACCAAGAGAAAUACUCUUACUUGCUGUAAAUGGUUCAACGUGGCCCCCCAAAAACAUGGAUGGGAAAAUUGCUGCGUGAAUGUAUCAGACAUUUAAUCAUGAAAGGGAAGGAUUUGAGAUUUCUUAUUUAAAGGAAAUACUGAAUACAAUAGAAUGUACUUGGAAAUCAGUGAGUCAUCGGCAGCACUGUUGCGGUGCAUACAGAGAGAACCUUUUGUGCCUUUUUUGCCUGCAGUGUUUAUUUCUCUUCCAUGAACUUUAAGAAUGUUGAUUAUUGCACCUUGUUCUUUGGUAAAUAGACUUAAGAAUUUUUCUAAAAAGAGCCAUUUCUUGUUAGAUGAUAGCUACCUUAGUAAACACGAGGGGAUGUAUCAUAUUUGUAUGUGUUUGAAGCCCGGCCUUUUCUAUGUAGAGAGCAGGACAUUUCUUUUAAUGUAUUCAUUUGUGUGUAUGUGUGUGUAUUUAUAUAUUACAUAUAUGUAGUUAUUUAAGUACUUACACGUGAAAUUGAGCAUCAUGUUGGUGUGGUGACCAGAAGUAGUAAGGUGCUAGACGGUCACAUUAAGAGCACAGCCGAGUGUGCAAUCAGUCACUGACUGGUGAGUUUGUAAACUAGGUUCAGUUUUUGAACCACAGAAUACCUCAUGUGUAAAUACAGUGUUCAUGACUUAACUGAGAUACAGUUAUUGUAAAAAAAAAUGUGAAGCCACUGGCUGGCUCCUGCCUUCUGAGUUUUUAUUUUUACCUCCUUUUUGGAAAGGAGUUGUUUUUGUUUUGUUAUUUUUUAAAUAGGGUUUACAGCUAGAAAUUUGAAUGCCAAAGUUCUAUUUAUUAAACUAAUAAAAAACGUUUUCAAUGUUAAUGGCUAGUAUUUUUCCACUGGACUAUUGUUUGUUGAUGUUGGAAUUUGUAUUUACAGAGAAAUAAAUUUUUUAGAAAAAUAA